GCCGGCUUUAACUUGUAUCAAAGCCCUUCAAACUACCAAUCACCCAUUAUGAACAGAGGCCAAUGUUCACACGAAUGACUCACCAAUAGACUGUGCGACAUGAGAGCUUACUAUUGGCUGAGUGGCUCUUAGUAAGUAGGCAUCGCAGCGGGGUCGAAUAGGCAGCAGUGGGCUCACGAGGAUCCUGCGAACUUGUUGAAUUAUCUGGAGAACAGGACGACUGUUGGCACCUAAGUUUCAAAACUCCUUGAGCUUUUUGUACUUACGUAGAACCUCCUCCGUGACUUUGCUGCCUUGCUCAAUAGUCUCGAAUCUCUCAGCUCAAGAUCCCAGCCGCAAAAAGCCGUUGACCGCACCGAGCCCCCAAUGACUACAUCGAGAACCCUGGAGGAGCUUCCGACAGAGAUUCUUUGCCAAAUCUGCGUUCAAUUGAAGGAAAAUGGCGGUUCAGACAUAUUGAGACUGUCACUGGCCUCGAGAAGAUUUCGGGUUAUUACGAUCCCAUACAUAUUCGGGCGACUGUCCUUUGUGACGUCUCCUUUUUCAAAUGUCGUCGAUGAGAACGCUAUAGACAGCCGAAUAGGCCUUCUAAGAACGAUUAUCACGAACUCUAAGAUUGCCUUCGAGGUCAAAGAGAUUGAAGGCUUACUCGGUGGAAGAUGUCUAUUAGCCAGGGAAGACCUCGAUAUUAUCAUCCGGGCAACCUGCGACUUUGGAAUAACACCACCAGGGGGUCUUGAUCGGGUUCUAAAACAGUGGCGGAAUUCUGAAAAGUUGCCAGACAUGCAGUUUGGUCUCAAUCGUGGAAUUUGGAACGCCUUGAGCAAUUUCAUGACAGAAAUGCUUAUUGCCCAUACCCCCAACCUCCGAAGUUUGGAGUACAAUGUACACGGCAGCCCAAGCGCAUUGAAAACGCUUGACGAGGCGGUCAAAACCUACUUCAGGGUUCCGCUGCUGCCCAAUCUGGUAGAUGCUUACAUCGAGUUGAGCGGCUCGGCGGAUCUGGUGCAAUCAUUGGCAGAGGCUGCUCCGGCUCUAGACAGCCUCUGGCUGAGUUCCGUUUGGGGACUUGAAUCCGGGAUUCAAUUCAAAAGCGUCAGGGUCUCGAUCUUAACCAAAGUAGACUUGACUGCUGCCGAGCUCAAAAAGCUUCUGAGCGGUUUUCCUGGUCUCAAGAAGUUCUGGUUCACAUCAAGCCACCGCUCGACGCGCACCGGGAGCACAUCUCAGCUAUGCCGACCCCAAGAGGUGGUAGAUGCCCUCUACGCUCACAAUCUGGGGAUCACAGAGCUGACACUGCGAUUCAAUUCUUGGGACUGUAAUGAGUCAAGCCAGGACUCUCAUACCCCGCUCCAUGGUCUUCUUACCUCGACUCAGGGGCUCAAUAAACUAGAGGAUCUCGAUUUUGACGGGAUGUGUUUCUGGGGUAGAGGCGAUUUCUUACAUGGAUCACAGGCUUAUGAUCCUGUGAAAGUUCAGGCUCUCGCAAGGCUUCUCCCCCGUAGCCUCAAAAAGCUCACAUUGACGGGUUUGAAGAAUGGCCCAUUUUAUGAAGAUUUGGAAGCAUUGCGGAAGAGGAUAUCGGAAAUUCUGCCGGAGCUGGGAGUCCUGCAGUGUGGACUGCGACAUGGAAGGGCACUGCCACAGGAUAAAGCGCAAUACCUGAUGGAAAGCUUCGCGGCUCAGGGAGUCAAGUUUCAAGACUCGGCAAGCAUUCAGUUUGGCGGCGAUGAGGACAAUUAGAUAACUGAUACCUGACCUACCAACUUGCCAAUCUGGAUCGAAACUGCUUUCAACUAACUCAAAGACUCACAAAUUCGCUUCC